GUAGUCCACCGGCGCGCGGGCGCGUUCGGCAGUCGCAGUUUGGGACGCGGGGCGUGCGGUUGCAGUUUUCUUUCCCGUUUUGCUGUCACAGCCGAUCCCUUCUCCGAGUCCAGGAUAGACUGGGCGCGCGCCCGCGUGUGUGUGUGUGAGCGGGACUCAGGGCAGAGGUGUCCCCUCACUGUCUUUUUUUUUUUUUUAUUCCUUUUAUCCAAAGAAGGCAGUUCUUACCUUUGCCUCCCGGUCGCCCAUUUGGGAGCCCGGCUGGCGUGCGGAGUGGUUCGGGUUUUCUUUUUGUUUUCUUUUUUCUUUUUUUAAUUUUGAACUUGUGAGCGCUCUUCCCCUCCUUUUUACCCCCUCUUCCCCUCCCCCCAAUUUGGGCUCAGUGCCGCCAGCGCUGGUUUCCUUGAAUAACCGCUUUCUGCCCAUUCUCUGGCAACCCCAGCCUCAGUUUGUCCCUCCGCCCUCGCCCCUGGCCCGGGAGGGUGGGAAGCCUUGUCCCCGCCCUUCCCGUCCGCGUCUCGGCAGCGGUAGCCGCACCUGCUCAAUAUGAAUGGGGUCAACGACCCACCUCUUUUUAUAAAAGAUAUUAAGCCCGGACUGAAAAACUUAAAUGUCGUCUUUAUUGUCCUGGAGAUAGGACGCGUGACCAAAACCAAAGACGGCCAUGAAGUCAGAUCGUGCAAAGUAGCAGAUAAAACGGGCAGCAUCACUAUUUCCGUGUGGGAUGAGAUUGGAGGUCUCAUACAGCCAGGGGAUAUUAUUCGGUUGACCCGAGGAUACGCAUCCAUGUGGAAAGGAUGUCUGACACUUUAUACUGGAAGGGGUGGUGAACUUCAAAAAAUUGGAGAAUUUUGUAUGGUUUAUUCGGAAGUGCCAAAUUUCAGUGAGCCCAACCCAGAUUAUCGAGGACCGCAGAACAAAGGGGCACACAAUGAACAGAAGACUAAUUCCAUGAAUAGUAAUAUAGGUACAGGUACAUUUGGAUCAAUGGGAAAUAGCCUUCAAACUGGCCCUGAAUCAAGGGGAUACCAACUUUCAUAUGCUGGUAGAAGCAAUGUCCGGGGACCUAUCAAUACACAGCUACCAGGAGCUGCUAAUAAUCAAACAGUCAUGACCACAAUAAGUAAUGGCAGGGACCCUCGGAGAGCCUUUAAAAGAUGACCUAUGCCAAAUAGUCACAUGUAGUUUUUAAACUACGUGCCCUACUUGAACACUUAGUGCACUUUUAUUUAUUGUUAACUGUGAAAAAUAUGUCCUUUAUUGGUUUCCUUUUACGUUUUUGGUUUGUUAAGAAGAGUGGUUUUUUUAUAGCAAAACUGUUAAGCUGCUCAAGUCUCCUGUUGAAUGGGAACACUGAAAAGUAGGGGCAUAUAUUUUUAGAGCAAAAAGUUAUUGGAUAUCCUCUAAAAAUUGCACCCAUUUCAAGGGUGAGUUAUUUAAAACAUCAGCUUUAUAGCCUCUAUGAGUCUUCUGUAUGAAUUUUGUAAUAUUUCACAUAAGGCUUAAUGGGAGAUGUUCUUUGUCGUGAAUUCAGAUAUUGCCAACUAAAGCAAUAACCACCAAAAAAACAAAACAAAACAGAAACUUGGUCAAUGCCAACAAUAGUUUUUGAGUGUUUGUUACUCCAAGAAUGAAUGAUUUUGUUGAGUGACUACCAUUAAGAUUUCCCAAGAAAUGAAUCAUCUUAAAUGAAUCAUCCUAAAUUGUUUCAUUACCAAAAAAGAUUAUCAGAAUUAUGGAACAGAAUGCAAUCUGUAUUGUAAUAUGUAAGUUUUAGAGGAAAGCUACUUUGCUUUAUUUUCAGAUAGUGCUCUUAACAUUUGUUAUUAGCGUGGAUUUUGAAAGAAAAUUUUAAAAGAGGCCUUGAAUAUUUAUUUUUGAAUCUACCAUGUUAAAUAUUGAGAUGUUUAAUUUGAGAGAGUUAUAAAGUCAUAAUAAACAUUGAUCUAAUUAUUUUUAAAAAUAAUUUUGGUGAACGUAGUGAAGGUGAUUCAAAUUGAAUUCAUAUAUUAAUAUGCAGUCUUAAGUUAUAGAUCCUAGGUAUUUACAGGUACUCAGCCUGAACUGAAAAUCCUAGGUGGUACUUCAAUUUGAAGUUGUGUGUGUUGUCAAAAGUUUCUGAAUACAAUUCACAUAGCCUUAUUAAAUAGCAAAAGUUAAAUGACAAAGAAGUGAUUACAGCUUUAUUUAGAAACAUUAAGGUGGAAUUUAUUUAUGUGUCAUAAAUGGUACCCACUUCUACUUUUUACUGUAGGGUGGUUAACUGGCAAAUUUUUCUUUUGUUUAGAAUUGACCUCUUCUUAAAUAUUAUCUCUUGAAUAAAACUUGCGUUAAUGUUAACAGAUUUUGGAGUUUUGGAAAAUUAAAGUACUGUCAGAUGUGGGUUACUGUC